CGCGUGCUCUUCCGGCGGCCGCGCAGGUGAGUGAGGCCGCGAUGCGGCGACGGGACGCCGAGCCCGCGGGGAGGGCCUUUCGUCCUGUGCAUACAUCCCCGGAGCCACCUCCCACCCGCGGCCAGGCUGAAGCGGGAGCACGCGGGCGCGCCAGGCUCCGGGGGCGGCGUGGGCGGGUUUCGCUGCAGUGACAGGUGCGGCCGGCUGGACGGCCGCCGUCCUUCCGGGCGCCGAGUGGCGCCGCCCUCGCCACUUUCCCGGCUGGCCUGCCGGGGACGACAGCCACCUUAGGGCGGAAGCCCGAGUGGAUUUUCCAGAGAAGAAGGCGAAGGCGGGACGCGCCCCGGGUGUGAAAGUCACAAAUGUCGUCGAGUGAUGGAAGGUCCAGGAUUCGGGACAGGGACUAUAGUGAGGUGCCGAGGGACUCGCCUUGUCCAGAUGGUAUCGUAAGAACCCUCCAGUCUCUUCACAGCAGUGAGCUGGCUGUGAGCGCAGAUCCUCUGCCUCCUCCCCCUCUCCCGUUACAGCCACCAUUCGGCCCCAGCUUCUACUCAGGUGACACAGAGGAACCAGCGGUGGCACCAGAUCUCAAGCCGGUGAGACGCUUUGUUCCCGACUCCUGGAAGAACUUCUUCAGAGGGAAGAAAAAGGACCCAGAAUGGGAUAAGCCAGUGUCAGAUAUCAGAUACAUCUCCGACGGUGUGGAGUGUUCCCCUCCAGCCUCUCCAGCAAGACCAAACCACCACCCACCCAACUCUUACAAAGAUCCUUCCGGAGGGUCCCAAGGCACCUUCGAUUCCCAGCAAGAGGCGGACGCCAUGUUUCCCCACGACCCCUAUGCUUCCUUAGACCGGCGCACACAGACGGCGCGGACGUACAGUGAGAAGGUAGAGGAAUACAAUCUGCGGUACUCCUACAUGAAGUCGUGGGCAGGCCUGCUGAGAAUUCUGGGCGUGGUGGAGCUGCUUCUGGGAGCUGGCGUCUUCGCGUGUGUCACAGCUUACAUCCACAAGGACAACGAGUGGUACAACCUGUUUGGCUAUACACAGUCCUAUGGCAUGGGAGGUCUUGGCAGCCUGGGCAAUACAUACGGGGGUUAUUACUACACUGGCCCCAAGACCCCUUUUGUACUCGUGGUGGCUGGAUUGGCUUGGAUCGCGACGAUUAUUAUCCUGGUGCUUGGCAUGUCCAUGUAUUACCGCACCAUCCUUUUGGAUUCUAGCUGGUGGCCCCUGACCGAGUUUGGAGUUAACGUUGCCUUGUUUGUUUUGUACAUGGCUGCAGCCAUAGUCUAUGUGAAUGAUACCAACCGAGGUGGACUCUGCUACUACCCGUUAUUUAAUACGCCAAUGAACGCGCUGUUCUGCCGGGUAGAAGGAGGUCAGAUAGCCGCAAUGAUCUUCCUGUUUGUCAACAUGAUAGUUUAUCUUGUCAGCGCCCUCGUCUGCCUGAAGCUGUGGAGGCAUGAAGCAGCCCGGAAACAUAGGGAAUUCAUGGAGCAGCAGGAGAUAAAUGACCCAUCGUUGUCGUCAAAAAGGAGAAUGCAGUGUGAAGUGGCCACCAGUGACCGACAGAAGGACCAAGAAGUCAAUUUCAAAGAGUUAAGAACAACAACGAAAAUGGCUCCUGAACUUCUGAGUGGACACAUCCCUCCUGGCCACAUUCCUAAGCCCAUCGUAAUGCCUGACUAUGUGGCAAAAUACCCUGUGAUUCAGACGGAUGACGAUCGGGAACGCUAUAAGGCUGUGUUCCAAGACCAGUUUUCAGAGUACAAGGAGCUGUCUGCGGAAGUGCAGGCCACCCUGAGGAAGUUUGACGAGCUGGACACGGUGAUGAGCAGGCUGCCACAUCAUUCUGAAAACCGCCAGGAACACGAGAGAAUUUCAAGAAUUCAUGAAGAGUUUAGGAAGAAAAAGAAUGACCCUUCGUUUCUGGAAAAAAAGGAGCGUUGUGAGUACCUCAAGAACAAACUCUCUCACAUAAAGCAAAGAAUCCAGGAAUACGAUAAAGUGAUGAAUUGGGAUACUCAGGGUUAUCCCUAGAUGCUGUCUGAAACGGUUUAUAGCCAACUGUUCAUUCACUGCCUUUGCAUGUUGGUCUCCUGGGUGAGAAGCAGGCACUUCCGGGUCAUCUUCUGCUUGGUCUAAAGACAUCCUAGGUAAAAACCGUGUGAUUUUACUCAAACAUUUCAAAACAGUUCUCAAACCCACAAGGGCCUUUCCUGAGAUGGGAGAGGCAGCGUGUUCAGCUGUGUGCAGUUUCUCAUUAACAAGGAUCUUGGGCGAGUUGAUCAAUCCUCUGUGCCUGCUUCUUCUGUAAAAUGAUACCUACCUCACAGGGCAGUUAUGAGACUAUAGUGCUCCUCUGUGUGAACAGAGCCUGCCCCUAGAGAAGCACCACCUUCGCGUGGGAGUGCUGUGGAUGUGUUGUGGAACGGCUGAGCUACACGGAUGAGUCUCAAGUAGCAGUCCUUAGUGAGCAAGCGUCAGCAGCCAACCGAAGGCCCCGGCAUGUAACGUCCUCGUACUUUUCGCCUUUAGCACAUGUGGCCUCACAUGGAUGCUUCCCUGCUGCCUGUGACCCGUUAUGGCCCUCACGCCCUCCACAUCUGUAAUCAGUGUCACUGUUCACGCAUGCCCUUGUCCCACAGCCCACGCCCUGAGCACGUGAGAGCACCGCCCUUCCCGUUUACUUAGAUGAAUUCCCUCCUGUGACUCGGUAGCACACUUCAUCUUGCCUGAAAUUUUAUCCGUGAGAAAUGUUUCGCCAUUUUUUUUUCUUUUCUUUUUUUCGGAGCUGGGGACAGAAUCGCCAUUUUAAAAAAAAAAAAAAAAUUUUUUUUUUUUUCCGGAGCUGAGGACCGAACCCAGGGCCUUGCACUUGCUAGGCAAGCGCUCUACCACUGAGCUAAAUCCCCAACCCCCCCCAAAAAAAAUUUGUAAGAAAUAUUUUUUAGAGGAAAUUGUCGAUGGGCUGGAGCUACAGCUCAGCUGAGGGUCGAGGAUUUACCUUUGAAAAGCUCUCCGGGAGAACUUUCCCUCGGGAUGGAGACCCUCCAACUCCAAAGACCAGACCGAGACACCACAGGAUGCAAUCAGCAAGAGGAUUUGGUUUAUUGUCGGGAUACACAGGCACAGGCACCUGCGGGCGCUUCAGUCACUCGGGGGACUGGCGCGCCCCACAGAACCAAGGAUGGGCUUUUAUAGGAUUUUGGGGAGCAGAAGCAAGCAUACAGAAGCAGAUGCAUGGUUACAGGGAUAUAAUUGGUGGAUUCUAAUAUGGCAAGGGUUUAGCCCGGGGGCAAGUUUCUUAGCUACCUUCUUGGAACAUAACGACUGACUCGGCCCCCCACCAGGGUGUGGGACCUCUCCCGGGGCUUUUUUCAUUGUCAGGUGUUCAACCGCAGUCGUCCUGUUGCCAGGCCUUCAACCAAACACAUCCUGCUUGGCAGCCGCUUUGUACUCAGUGUUUUAACCUUUCUCUGAACCAGUCAUCUUAAGUACAGCCUUGCAAAAUGGCGUUACUGCUGCUAAGCUGGGGUCUUUCACCUUCAAGGCACAGAUGAGGGCCUGCCUCAUAGCACCAUUUAAAACAAACAAACAAAAACAAAAAAAAAACUCAAAACCAAACAAAAAACCCAACUCUGCCUUUGGUUUCUACUCAGGAGAAUCUAUCCCGUAAUUUCCCUGGUGUGGAAUUACAGUUUCCGCCCACUACAGCUCCCAUUCGAACAAUGAACCAAUCAGUGUCCAAAGGAAACCAAAGUAAUGAAUGGGACAGGCAGAGCCCGGAACGUUCUGGCUGCUGAUGCCCCUGCUCAUUUUUUUGUCAGUGACACUGGUACUACUCUUGCAGACUAACUUUUGUAGUGAGACCUUAUGUCAGAACAUGAAACAAGUAAAAAUAAAACUAAUAAAAAGGAGGAAGGGGAGGACAAGUAUGAAAUAAAUAAAUAAAUAAAUAAAUAAAUAAAUAAAUAAAUAAAAAUAUGGUAGCACGUGCACGCCAUUGUAACAGGCAGGAGCUGAGACAGCAGGGUGUCAAGUUCAAAGCUGGCCUCACCUUCAGAGCGAGCCACCCCUCCCCCUUUUGAUGUAAGAUGUUUCCAUUUUGUACAUUUGAAAACGUUUAGCAUUAAAAUCAAAUGUUAAAGGCGUUUAUCUUUGUGAAGCUUUAUUUUACUACAAUUGUAAAGGUUAGUCUUCUAAGACCGGGCGCUUAGCACUGAUUUUUUUUUUAAUGGUUAUAUAAAAUGUCAGUUACCUGCC